ACUUUCUUCUUUAAAGUAGACAGUAUAUGAGAGAGAGUGAAAGGUUUUUCUCCAGGCUGGACUCUGGUUUAAUCUGAGGAAUACUUUUUGUAUGCCAACCAUAUGGAUUUUCUAAACGAGGAAUCUCUGUAUGUGGUUUUGCUGACACCAUCAUGGCUUUAGAAGAUAUUUGCAGUUUCAAGGACACUCCUGGGAAGUGGUUUUCUGCUUCAUCGUUGGAAGGCACAUUCUCAUCUUUUCGUACGACUGACUAUAACAGCUUCGGAUUGAGGAGACGUGAAAAAUGUGAGACCACACGUGGGGCCCCACUACACUUUUUCAUCCCCAACACUGCUCCUUUCAACCACAGACCUUUUCCCCCAGCCAACCAGUCAGUGAAGGUCCGCAGGCCUUUCCCUCUGUCUCAUGGAACAACAACUCUUGGUUUCAUUUUCCAAGGUGGGGUCAUCGCCGCUGCAGACACUCGUGCCAGUGCUGGGGGGCUUGUUGCAUGCCCAGCCGUUCAUAAGAUUACCCCUAUUCACUCCCACUUGGUGGUCACCUCGUCUGGUAGUGGGGCAGACUGCAUGCUGUGGGAGCGAAUUUUGACCAGAGAGAUCAGACUCUACCAACUGCGAUACAGACGCCGCCUGUCAAUACUAGGCACUGCUAAACUGUUAUCAUUUAUGCUGCACCCCUUUAAAGGGACUGACGUGUGUGUGGCCCUCACCCUGUGUGGCUGGGACAAGGAAGCAGGCAACGCUGACUGUGAAAACAGGUCACAAGCCUCAUCCUUUCUGACUGGUGAUAGCUCCUCAUCCGCUGUCAGUACUCAAGGUGUUACCGCAAUGACAUGUUCUGCCUCCCCUAUUGGCGGCCCAAAGCUGAUAUACGUGUGCAGCGAUGGAGCCCGACUGCAGGGGGAUGUCAUUUCCGUGGGCUCAGGUUCUCCCUAUGCUUAUGGAAUCCUGGACAGCGGACUGAAGUGGAGCCUGAGCAAAGAGGAGUCCAUCUCCUUGGCCAGACAAGCUGUGUUCAGAGCCACUCACAGGGACGCCUACUCGGGAAACAACGUGGACCUCUUCCACAUCACAGCUCAGGGAUGGAAGCAAAGACAGAGGGAGGACCUGAAAGAGGAAUAUUAUAGAGACCUGGAGAGGAGGGACAGAAAACAGUGACAUGAUUGACAGUUCCUUCAUGAAUCACAGUAUUUAUGUGGGAGAUGGGGGUCAGGUAGAAAUUUCAAAAAUAGUGAUGUAUUUAGAGAUUGAAUCACUGACUUCGGCAGUUAAACAAAUUUCAUAGACUCUAUUGUAUGUUUGUAUUUUUGCUUUGUCUCUCCCAAUUCUGUGAAAUAAAGUCAGAGUCCUCCACGGCCA